AAUAUUGUCGUUGCUGGCGAUGGUGCUGGCGGUGGAUUGGUUUUAGCAAUGCUCUACUAUCUCCGUGAUAAUCAAAUGGCUUUACCAGGUGGUGCCGUAUUAUUUUCACCGUGGGUUGAUCUGACAAUGUCUUGCGCGAGCUGGGAUCAGAAUCGAUCAUACGAUUACUUGUUCAAACAAAACGACGUUGACCCACUACAUCCAGUAAAUCUUUAUCUGGAUUUCUACGAAGAACGAUCGAAACUAAUCACUCAUCCUUAU